AUGGCGAAGGACAACGCCGCCUCCCCGGCCGGCCAGGAGGUCAGGCCGCGCCGCCGCGGCCGCCAGCGCUACGUGGAGAAGGACGGCCGGUGCAACGUGCAGCAGGGCAACAUGCGCGAGCGGUACCGCUACCUGACCGACCUGUUCACCACGCUGGUGGACCUGCACUGGCGCCUCAGCCUGCUCUUCUUCGUGCUCGCCUACGCGCUCACCUGGCUCUUCUUCGGCGCCAUCUGGUGGCUCAUCGCCUACGGCCGCGGCGACCUGGAGCACCUGGAGGACACGGCCUGGACGCCCUGCGUCAACAACCUCAACGGCUUCGUGGCCGCCUUCCUCUUCUCCAUCGAGACGGAGACCACCAUCGGCUACGGCCACCGCGUCAUCACCGACCAGUGCCCCGAGGGCAUCGUGCUGCUGCUGCUGCAAGCCAUCCUGGGCUCCAUGGUGAACGCCUUCAUGGUGGGCUGCAUGUUCGUCAAGAUCUCGCAGCCCAACAAGCGCGCCGCCACGCUCGUCUUCUCCUCGCACGCCGUGGUGUCGCUGCGCGACGGCCGCCUCUGCCUCAUGUUCCGCGUGGGCGACCUGCGCUCCUCGCACAUCGUGGAGGCCUCCAUCCGCGCCAAGCUCAUCCGCUCGCGCCAGACCAUGGAGGGCGAGUUCAUCCCGCUGCACCAGACCGACCUCAGCGUGGGCUUCGACACCGGCGAUGACCGCCUCUUCCUCGUCUCGCCGCUGGUCAUCAGCCACGAGAUCGACGCCGCCAGCCCCUUCUGGGAGGCAUCGCGCCGCGCCCUCGAGAGAGACGACUUCGAGAUCGUGGUCAUCCUCGAGGGCAUGGUGGAAGCCACGGGAAUGACAUGUCAAGCUCGGAGCUCCUACCUGGUGGAUGAGGUGUUGUGGGGCCACCGCUUCACAUCAGUGCUGACCCUGGAGGAUGGCUUCUACGAGGUGGACUAUGCCAGCUUCCACCAGACUUUUGAGGUGCCCACACCCUCGUGCAGUGCCCGGGAGCUGGCUGAGGCAGCAGCCCGCCUUGACGCCCAUCUCUACUGGUCUAUCCCCAGCAGACUGGAUGAGAAAGUGGAGGAGGAGAGGGCAAAGGAAGGGGCAGGGGAGGGGGCAGUGGGAGAGGCUGGGGCUGACAAGGAACAGAAUGGCUGCCUGCCACCCCCAGAGAGUGAGUCCAAGGUGUGAUCAGUUUCUUCCGGAUCUCUGUGGCAGGACCAGACACAGGUACCUAGGGAGCUGGAUAUUGAAGGUGGAAAAGAGUCCUUAGGAAUGUGCUAAGGCUAGAGAGGCCCCUCAGAAUCUCAAGUCCAGGAUCCAAUGUGGAAGGAAGGGAUUCUGAUUUCAGGAGAAUGGAGAUGAGUGAACUUGCCGGCCUGUCUGGGUUUGACCUUCACAUCUGUCCAUGAGUGGAUGGAUGGACAGAAGGAUGGACUUAUGUAGACUAGAUGGGAAGAUGAAAGCAGAUAGAGAGACAGCUGGUGGGUAGGUAAAUGGACUGACAGACAAAUGGUGCAGUCAGGGCUGCUGCUAACCCAUAGAGCGUCUUUGUACAAAUU